UUUCUCUUUCCCUAAUAUUAAUUAUGCAAGAAAUAAUACAUCGAGGUUUCAAAGUUUGAGUUACUCUUUUCAUUCAACCUAGCAGCCACCAUUGGAAUUGAAACUCGCCGCUCACUGUUUCGAAAAACAAUGGCUGCUAUAAAAUCUGCUUCCGCUGGAUUGGUACUACCACGUCCGGUUACUUUCGUUACCGGAAAUGCGAAAAAGCUUGAAGAAGUUCGCGCUAUCUUAGGACAGUCUAUUCCUUUUCAAUCCCUCAAACUUGACUUGCCUGAGUUGCAAGGAGAGCCUGAAGAUAUCUCCAAAGAAAAGGCCCGUUUGGCUGCUAUUCAGGUUAAAGGACCUGUUUUGGUGGAAGACACUUGCCUCUGUUUCAAUGCCUUGAAGGGUCUUCCAGGGCCUUAUAUCAAAUGGUUUCUCCAGAAGAUUGGUCAUGAAGGUCUCAACAAUCUGUUGAUGGCAUAUGAAGAUAAAUCAGCUUAUGCAUUAUGUGUAUUUUCCUUUGCAGUCGGUCCAAACAGUGAACCUAUCACAUUUUCAGGAAAAACACUGGGGAAGAUUGUUCCUCCAAGAGGACCCAAUGAUUUUGGAUGGGAUCCCAUAUUUCAACCUGAUGGCUAUGAUGAAACUUAUGCAGAGAUGUCCAAAGAAGAAAAGAACAAAAUUUCUCACCGCUCCAAAUCUCUUGCACUGGUGAAAUCACAUUUUGCUGAAGCUGGAUAUACCUUUCAGAGCUAAAAUGGUAGACUAUAAGUAGUCAGAAGUUAUAUAUUAGAUAAUAAAUUUAAGCUUGGUUGAAAAUGAAUUUGCUCCAACACAUUUAAAUGCAUGAUUGAUAAAUAUAAUUUGGUUGAAUGAUAUUAUUGAAAGUACUUUUUGAAUAUAUAUGAAGAGAUAUCAUCUUCUGAAACUGAAAGUCAUUGGAGAUAGUUGUAGUACCCAAGACAAAUCUUUCCUUUGGCAAACUGAACACACAAGCUUAAGUCUUUGAAUUUAACUCUUUCUUGCUCCCUUGCAGACACCGAUGCCACAUGUAGUGUUUUCCUACUUAAAAUCACAAUCUUUUUAGAAGUCCAUGCAUCACAUCUACCUCAUGUUUAAUUUCUUCUGAAUGAUCAAAUACUCCAAGCUCUUGUCAUCAUUGAAUGGAAUAAAACCUGCUAUUAAUAUGUAAUUCCUUUAAAUCUUCCGUGCAAAGACUUUGACAAACAUCGAUUGUUUUAACAAACAGUCUAGUCUAUAUGAUGCAUUGUACUACACCUCAAAUCAAAUUGUCCAAAAGGAUCUAGAAAGACUAAGGGUGUGUUUGGCCCGACUUUUUUUUAGAUUUAGAAGCUGCUUUAAACUUAAAGCUAAAAUUAAGAAGUUUAGAAAUAAGGUUUAAAUUGUUAGGUACUCCCUCAAAUUCAA